UCUUGUAAAGAUUGGCCACCUCACAAAAUAAAGUAGCUUUUAUUUUUUUUAUUGGAGCUGGGGUACACAUUACAACAUGAACUUUGAAUAUGUAUCUGAAGUGGACAGGAAAUUCCUUGCAAAUAAUCUGCUCACGAAGGAAGACUGGGAGCCAGAAAUGGAUGCUGUAGGAGAUCUUUCUGAUUUUCUUGACAUACAGAAUGAAAUGAGAUCACUAACUGAUGAAUUACCCGAUGAAUUGAUAGCGUUCCAAGAUAAUUCCCCACCAUUGGCAGAUGCUAUAUUAGAUGAUUAUUGGAAGGAAUUAAGUGAUAGUGCAGACAGUGCUGACAGUGGACUUUUUGGUGUUGAAGUUAAAAAAGAACCACUUUCACCCCUGUCUUCAAACUGUUCUGAAACAGGAUCUGAAGGAUAUGGCUCUGCGUCUGACAUGAGUUCCUGUGUUCAACAGACGAUUACAGAAUUUAAGAUGGAAGACACAUUGACGAAUGUUCUAUCACCAUCAUGUCCACCUGUCUCAUCAAAUAACAGUAUCUUUCAAAUCCUGCCUAAACAAGAAGAUAACACCCAAACCCUUAUUUUAAACAAUAUUAAUGGAAAUUCAGUAGGUGUGUUGACUCCAGUAACUGGUGGAGCUAUUAAAUUAAAUAACAUUAUGAAUUCCAAGAUAAAAAUACAGCCUAAACCAUCUGAUGGUACACCCAUUAAAAUAUCACCACCCACCACACAAACAGGAACUCAACCCAAACCACUAGUCCUCACACCUGAAGAAUUUUCCAAAUUAACUUCAUCAGGAUCUCUAUGUUUUCAACCACCCCAAAAUACUACUGUUGCCAUGGAUACUAGUGAAAUGGCUGUGUCUAUAAGUUCACCAGCUUUAAUGGAGUCAGCUGAUAUGAAAAAUGUCAAGCGUCAGCAACGAAUGAUUAAAAAUAGAGAAUCAGCAAGUUUAUCAAGAAAACGUAAAAAAGAGUAUCUAACAACACUUGAAGCUCAAAUCAAUGGUUAUAAUACUGAAAACAAAAAGCUCAAACAAGAAAAUGAUAGCCUUAAAAAGAAAGUGUGUGCCUUACAAAAUGAGAAUGAGAGAUUAAAACGACUAAAUGGAAUAACAUCUAAUAAAAAAACAACCACCUGUUUAUUAGCUAUUCUUGUAAUGCUGAGUGUCAAUUUGGCACCGUGGAGUCUGUUUGGAGAAGACAGAUUCGCCAUGAGAAAUGUGAUUUCAGUUCACAAAGGAAGACAACUGUUAUCUUUAUCAGAGAAACAGGCAGAGAAAGUUGAAUAUAAGAAGGCAGAGGAUUGGUCACAACCAGCUGAUAGAUUAAUGAGGCAAUUACACAGAUUAACUGAGGAAAUGAAUAGUGGAGGAAUAGGUGUCAAUCAAUCAGAUACUAAUCCUCUCAUGUGUCCUUCCUAUUUUAAUAAAACUGAAUCUAUCUUGAUGGCUGAGCAAUUAGCUGGCUGGAUGAUUAGACACGAAGAACAGAAACAGAAAACAGAACAAAAAAAGAAAGAUAGAGUAAAAAAGAAAGUAAAAACAUUGCAAGCUGCAUUGAGGGGAGAUGUUUCUUCAUUUCAGCUUAGUAACAGGAGAGUUGAAGAAAGUGGUUAUCAUGUUCGGGUAUUUAAUGGAGCUGAUGAUAAUGAAGAUUUUCUUAAUGCCAUACAUCGUAGAAAUGAUACUUUUUAUGUACUGUCAUUCCAUCAGGAUUAUUUUCUUGUUCCUGCUACAGCACAUAAUAAAACUAUGAGACCAAGAAUGUCACUAGUUAUGCCAGCUAUGGCCUUAAAUGGAACUAUGCAGCCACCAGCUGGUAGUAUUGGUAUGAUGCAGAUUGAUUGUGAAGUUGUUAAUACACAGUUAAUACAUGUACAGAAAUCAGUUAUACCACCAAAUCUGAAACGUAACUCAACAUACCACAAACAUCCAAAUCACAGAGAUUUCACUUAGUUGUAUAUACAUAUAUACAUAAUAUUAUAAGAUCUCUUGAUAAACUAUUCAAUAUAUUAAAUCUUAUUUACACAUGUAACAUCAAAAAUAAUGGGCUUUUCUUGAAGUGCCAAUAUCUGCCUUUUUUUUAAUUAAGGAGAAAAUAUAUUGAAUGGUUUUCUACCAACGAAGAUACUUCUUUAAGAAGUAAAUAGAAUCUGAUAUUUUUUCAUUUCUAAUUCUCAAUGUCUCAAGGUUUAGAUUUUCUUAAAACCAUAAGAAAUUGUUAUUUUUAUCAUCAUUGGAAUAGUUGUACAAGAAUUGUUCUGGAACCCAAUUCAUUUAUUGCAAUUUUUUUCUGUGUUCUUUCAUUUUUGUCUCAAGUACAUUUUGAAACAAGUAACAGUUAUGGAUUUUUUUUUUCUAUAUAUGGCAUCAAUAAUCAAAAAAUCACUAUGGUAAUAAACAGAACAAAAAUUUGAAAUAAUAUCAAAGAGUCUUUACAAAAUUUUUUAAUUUACAUCUAUUAUUGAUUAUUCUUGCCUAAUUUUAUUGAAAUUCUUUUUAAUGUUAUUAAUAUAUUCCAUGGUUGUUAUUGUUAGAGCAUAUUCACUCCCAAACCCAAUCUGCUUUAUUGCAUAAUACUUGAUCUCUGGUCCUGCAUUUUUUCUACAAAUGCAAUUGUGUGUCUUGCAUUUUAUGAUAUGGUCAAUCAAGUCAAGAAUUUAUUUGGAAUUCAAUAUGAAUGGCCUAAAGACAAUGUUUUGUAGUAUUUGUAGUGAUUUUGGUAUCUUCACAGAAGCAAGGAAUGGGUGAAUUUCUGGGUAGAGAGUAUAUUGUGGUUGUAUUAGGUUAUGGGAAUUGUAAUGUAAUAUAUGUGAAAUCUGAAGGAUUGUUUAUUAACAAUUUUUCUUCUUCUUUAACUUCUCAUAGACCCAAUUCACCUUAAGUUUUCAACAGGCUCAUGGUUUACCUUACAGUAUUAUUCAACAAAUGAUAUUGACUCUUUGUCUUAGAAUAUCGUAUAUAUUGACUCUUUGUCUUAGAAUAUGGUAUAUACUAAACCCAAAUCAUUUUUAUACGCCCAUAUUGAAAUGUGGUUGUAUGUUGUCGUCGCCCCCGUCUGUCCGUCUGGCGUCCACAAUUGCUUGUGGAGGCUCUAGAGGCUAAUGUUAAUAUUCGAUUGACUUUCAAUUUAUACACAGUGUUUAAGGUCAUGAGACGAAGAAGCCUAGUGAUUUUCAAGGAUUGCCGAUAAUUACUGCCAGAGUUAUGGCUCUAGAUCACUUUGAAAUAUCUUGUGGGUAAAGGCUAAAGUUAAUAUCCGAUUGACUUUAAAUUAAUACACAGUGUUUGAGGUCAUGAGACGAAGAAUCCUAUUGAUUUUCAACGAUUUCCGAUAAUUACUGCCAAAGUUAUGGCCCUUGAUCACUUUGAAAAAUCUUGUGACACUCUAGAGGCUAAAGUUAUCAUCCGAUUGACUUCAGAUUGAUACACAGAGUUUAAGGUCUUGAGACGAACAAGUAUAUUGAUUUUUAAUGAAUUUUUAUAACUUGAACAGCUAAAUCCAUGAUAUUUAAAAGUCUGUAUCCUAAACGUUAGCAUGGGGCAGAACUUUAUAAAAACCAAACGAAUUCUAAUGGUUUUCUGAUAAUUACUUAAUGAGUUGUUACUCUUAAUCAGAUUGUAGUGUAUUAUAAAUGUUUCAUUACCGCACCUCUUGUUGACUAAUCAGACGAUAUAGCUGCUGUGGGCGUAUGCUUCGUUGCCUGGCAACCUAUCUUUUCAAUGUUCAUGAAUUCAUUUUUACAUUCCAGUUAAAAUAUACUAUUUUGAAUUGAAUGAGAUGUAGUGGUAGUCUUUUAUUCAAAGAGUCUUUACAUUCUCUAAAAUUAGUGCUUUAUUUUUUAUUGAGCUUUAUAUUGACAAUCUGUAAGAUAACUAAAAGGAUUUGACUGUUUGAUGCAGAUAUUGUGUUUACUUUACUAUGACAAUGCAUUUUAAUACAUUUCCCUACACAAACUGUUGCAGGACUCUCGUUUCUGUCAAAUUGGCUGACUAGAGAACUUACCUGUCAGUCAAUGUAAAAUUAAAAAUUCAAGUUAAAUUUAGAGUUUUUAUGUGUAAAAACAUUAAAAAUGGGAAUAAUGCUAAACUUUUCAUAUUCUUUACGAAGAAAUAACUUGUUAAUUUAAAGUACACAAAAUACGUCUAAAUUGAUUGUCUGGAAAAAUCUUGGCAAAACACUUAACAGAUACCAUUUUCCAGCAAUGAUUUCACAUCACAUUAUUGUAGUGUAUAUAUUGUAUAAAUGCAUUCCUUUAUUUUGACAUUUAUUAUAUGUUAACAGAGAUGUUUGUUGACUUUAUUUAAUGAAUUAUGUGCAAUGUUAUAGAUCUACAGUCUACACACAGGAGAUCGGUAGAAAACUACUGAUUUUAUUGACUGAAUUAAGCAUUUGUUAAUUUAAAUUUCAAUCUUAAGUCAAUUAUUUUAGCCAAGAUUUCUUGUGUAGAAAGCUGUAGAAAUUUUUGUGACUAGCAACUAGGAAUUUUUUUUAGGGGGGGUCCUUUUUUUAUUGUUAAUUUUUUAUUAACAAUAUUUCGUUCAGGGUAACUGAAUGGGAAAAGGGAAGAGGCUUAGCCUAUGUCAAUUUGUAUGUUUCAUCGAAUAUCAUUAGUAUGACAAUGUUAGAUUAGUGCUAUAGUUUUGUUAAUGUAGUUAGUGAUGUUUCUCUUGUUUUUCAUUCAUUCAUUGACUUCAUUUGAUGUAUUUUACAGCAGUAAUAUCCUUGGUCCCCGAAGUCCAAACUGAGAAAAUUUUCUUAUCUGCAAAAAUGUAAUAUAGCAACUUUGAAAUAUUAGUUCCCCCCUCCCCCCCAGUUUUGUCUAUGUCUUUGACUACUUCAAAACUCAAAUUAAACAUGCAUUAUGCAAGAGCAAAAUCUGCUUAUUACAAGUCUUUCUUUAGGCCUGAAAUGUUAUCUAAAUUAUCAAUUAUACAUUAAUUAACCUAUCCAGACCAUAAUCAACUCAAGAUGGCAUCGCUAGCCUUCGAUCUUAAGUGGAUUGUGAGCAGAUUUACUGCAUGACUUUCCUUCUCCAUUAAAUGAUUAAAUGGAUAAUCGAGACUAUGCUGUUUAUCGUACUGACUAUAGUAAUGAUGACCAAGGCUAGGCAGAAAUUUGAUUCGCUUAGUUCUCGGUUCAUAGUGGAUCAAUUUGAAUGAAAUUUUCAGCAAAUUGCCUUUUUAUUAUCUAGUUUUAAAUUAUUAUAGUGAGAACUGCCAACUCGUUAUCAAAUCUCCCAUAAUGUAUCUUUAAGUUUUAUCAUGAUUAGCAAAUCUUUUUAAUGGUUUUAGGCAUAUACUUUUCUAAAAGUAAUGAAAAGCACAUUUAUUUUAAAGAUUCUUUGGUGAACUUUAUGUCUGCAGAAAGGUAUAAUUUAUAAUGUUUCACUUCACUAUUCCCCCAUCACAUACAUGUCUUGGUGAUAUUUCAUUCUCUAAAACAACAGUUCUAUUUUACUUAACACAUCCAGGGAUUGUUUGUAAAGCUCUAUUUUUUAUGUGGUCAUUUGUCAUUGUGUCAUUGGUGUUAUUGCAUUGUCAUUGUUUAAAUUUAGUCAUAAUAUAACACCACAUCCAUCUGUAUCACAACCAAAACGGUGAUUUAACUUAAAAAUCUUGUUAGUGCUUUAUUUACUUAGUUUAUUUGCCAAAGUAAUUCACAAGAUAUGGCCUAUUUUGCUGGAAGCUGCACCAUUAAACUAAAUCUAUCUAAUUAUGUAAGAAAGGGGAAUCUUAAAAGAUCUAUUUACAUUAUUGAAAGUAUAUUUUUUGUUUGAGCUUCAUUUUAAUAGCCAUAGUCCUGUUUUACAAUAUUUGAGUAUAGUAUAAUUGCAGUACUUACUAUUGACAUAAUACACUUGAGAGCUAGAAGCUAAAAUAUUAUUGAAUAAUCUUUUUUACAAAUUAAAAGGCUUGGAUGAUUUUUAUACGCCCACAUUUUCGUGUGGGCAUAUUAUGCCGUCACCCCUGUCCGUCCGUCCAUAAUUUGUUUGUGGACUCUCAAAAUAUAGGUCUAUCUCCCAAAGAUCUUGGUUCCUUUCGAUAUUGGCAUGUAUCGGACCAUAACUCCAUGGAUUAUGGCCCCUGAUUGUACGAAAAAUCAAGUUUUUAGCUUGUUGACACUCUUAAGAGGUCACAAUUUUAAUGAAACUUGAAAUGCAUGUUUAUAUCCCAAAGAUCUUGGUUCCUUUUGGUCUUCAUGCAGAUCAGAUUGUAACUUCCUGAAUUAUGGCCCAUGAUUGUACGAAAAAUCACGUUUUUAGCUUGUGGUCCCUCUAGAGGUCACAAUUAUUAUCCAAUUUAAAAAAAUGUUUGAAUAUAUCACUGUUACACCAUAAUGUCGGUUGAAUUCGAAUUUCGUGAAUAUCAGACAAAAACUGCAGGACAAAAUGACCAACCCCCUCCUACGCAAAUAGUGUAAAUAUAUGGUAUCAAUUUUUAUCCCAUUUAGAUGAAACUUUAAAUUUAUGUUUAUCACAAUGAUCUUGGUUCUUUUUGAUAAUCGUGCAUCUCCGAAUGUACCUUUCUGGAUUAUGGUCCCUGAUUGUUCGAUAAUCGCAAUUUUGGCUUUUGGACGCUAGAAAUCACAAUUUGUAUUUAAUUUUAAAAACCAUUUAAAUAUAUCACCGUUACACAUCAAUGAAGGUUGAGUUUGAAUCUGACCGAAACUGCCAGAGAAAAUGGCUGCUCCUUGUACGCAAAUAGUGUAAAAGUAUGUAAUACCAGGGUUGUGGACACUCUAGAAGUCACAAUUUUUAUCAGAUUUUGAUGAAACUUAAAAUGUAUGUUUUUAAUCCAAAGAUCGUGGUUUCUUGUGAUAUUUGCACAUAUCGGACCGUAACUUCCUGGAUUAAGGCCCCUGAUUGUACGAAAAAUCAGGUUUUGUUUUUAGUUUGUUCUCUAUCCAUCCCUUGCAAAAUGUGUGUGUAUCUUGCCUGGCAACCACUGGUUUUAAACAGAUGCAUUUCAAAUGUUAUUAUUGUCUUAAUAGUCCGAUCCCAGCACCUUCAGCAAUUUUCUACGCACUCAGUUAAAAAUUGAUAGUUUGGUUUUUGGCAUUUGGAACGGAAAACAGAUUCCAAUUUCAGUUGAUCAACAUUAUAUUAGUUGAUAGAGAUGAAAAGUGACAUGUAAUUUAAUAUAUAAUUAUAUUCUUAUCAAUUUCUUUUAUAUAGUUUAUGUAGAUUUGUUCCUUUUUUUUUUAGUAGAUACAUUCAAUUAUUGUAUAUUGUAUUUUGUGUAGAUUAAUUUAUAUAUUUAAAAUAAUAUAUUAUCAUGCAUAAAUUCAUAGUUGUUUCACAGAUAAAUAUUUUUAUUGCUAUUCAUUUCUAACUAAUAUAAAAGAUUAUUUAUUUUCAAGUCAUUUCUAUCUUAUGCAAUUUGAAAUGUAAUUGUGCCUUUAGUAUUUUUAUUAUUGAUAAAACAGUUGGUUUAUGAUUGAUUAUAGUGUAUGGAUUAACUAGAGUGAAUGUACAGUAGAAUGAUCUAUUAGGACGUAAAAAUCUCCUGCUAAAUAUCAUCAUCUAUAAAAAUAAUAUUAACAAGGCAAGACCUUUUAAAAUUACAGCGAUUCUUUAGUCUUAAUGACCUUAAAUUAAAAAGGCAUUAUGGAGAUAUGAUCAAAAUUUGUUGCUUCUAUCCAAAUGAAAUCCUCAAAUUUUAUAUAUAAAAAAAGAAAAUAUUAAAAAUAGUUUAGUUUGUCCCAUAUUUUCUUUUUAAGGAUGUUCUUCAAAUUUUAAAUCUGUUUCUCUUUGAGAAUUAAAUAUGAUGCAAAAAACAUAAAUUUAAAAAAUAAUAAUCUAUUGUUCAUUAUUUACUGUUUUAUGUAUUUGUGAAAGUGAAUGUUUUUAAUCAUUGUUUGAUAUACUUUAUAUCUAUGGUACGGUACCUAUUGUUGUUAGUUUUAUUACAUGGGAACUGAUAAAUAAAUAUAAAAAAUAAACAUGUAUUUGAAGA